AGCCAGAGUUGUCAGCAUAGUGACCGGGUGGACCUUUCUUCACAAGCACGACCCGUGUUCAAGCCUGGCGAGUGACUGACGGGGAUGGGUUUCACCUCAUCAUGAGCUUAUUUAGAAAACCCACAGACACCAGCCGCUUGCCGCUGUCUACAACUCAGUAAAGGCUGGAACAACGAGAAUGUCAUGUCAACACUAGAGAUUUAAAGCUACAGGAUGUGGUAGCCAUAGCCAACCUUCAAAUGUGAGCAUGAGUCAGCAGAGGCGGAGCGCAUUUGGAUCUUUUAGAAAGAAACGAAAGUGAGCGCUGCAGCGAAAAGGAAUCUCUUUACAACUUUUAAGGAGUUAGAGAGGCAUCUGCAUCCAUGAGGGAAUGGCUGCAGCCAGCAGUUUUCUGUCUGAAGACCAGCUCCAGUGCUCCAUCUGUCUGGAUGUCUUCACUGAGCCUGUUUCUAUUCCCUGUGGACACAACUUCUGCAAAGCCUGUCUCACCAAACACUGGGACAGCAACAACCGAUGUCAGUGUCCACUUUGCAAUGAGAAGUUCAACAAAGGGCUCAAACUUUGCGUCAACACCGGAUUCAGGGACGUUGUGGAGAAUUUUAAAACACGCCAUGUAAUAUCUGACAAUAAUGCACCAGUCAAACCUGGGCAGGUGCCAUGUGAUUGUUGCCCUGGCAAUAAGUACAGAGCCUCUAAAACCUGUUUGGUCUGUUUGGCCUCUUUUUGCGAGACACAUCUAGAGCCUCACAAACAAGUUGCUGCUUUAAAAAGGCACAAACUGACUGAUCCUGUGCACAACCUGGAGGACAAAAUAUGUAAGAAGCACAACAGAAUUUUAGAGUUCUUCUGCAGGACAGAGCAGACUCGUGUUUGUACCCUGUGUACAGAACAUAAUGCUCAUGAUACCGUCCCUUUGGAGGAAGAGUAUGUUGAUAAAAAGGCUCAGAUGGGGAAGGAAAAAGUACCAGAAAUGAAACAAAAACAGAGAAAGAACACUCAGAAGACUCAGAAGAUGAAGGUAGAACUGCAGAGCAAAAAGAAAGGCAAAGGUGGCGCAAAAGCAAAUAGUGUGGUGUCUGAUCAGAUGGUAGGCUCUUCUAAUUUUUCUUUUCGCAAUGAAGACCCACAAUGUAUGAAUGGAUAUUCCUACGUCCCCAAAAAUAGGGGCUUGUCCGAAGGGAGUUUUUUCCUUGAGUUUCAGGUCCAAGGGAGGACCGACUGGGUUUUAGGAGUAGUCACAGAGUCGAUGCAAAGACACAGCACAUUCAGGCCAAACCCUAGAAAUCAAAAUAGGAUUGUGAGGUCAGGAAGCAAAAGCUGCAGAUGUCGAAGAUGCCUGCAAAUGCCUGUUUUAAGAAGGAGGCCUGAGACAGUCAUGGAUUAUGAGCAGGGGUGCUUGUUCUUCUAUGAUCCAGACAAUGCAAUGGUGAUUUACUCUGUUACAGGCUGCAACUUCAGUGAGAGGAUUUUCCUGUUCUUUCAUCUUUUUGAGGAAGUUAGCUGUGCACAGAGGAUACGGAGGAAGUUCCAAGACAUUUUACAAGAUCCAGAAUCAAAUGUCAUUUACUUGUUUUGGUUUGCUUUGGUGGUCAUUGCUCUAAUUUCAUUUUGUAUGUCAUAAAACAAUAUCAAGGGUUGACCCAAAACAGUCUAUCUAACAGCAAUUUCUAUAUAUUUUAGAUACAUUUUCUGUAAUUAUAUACAUUUAACAUUGCUUGUUUGCCUUGAACAGUUUCUACAGUGGUCAAAGUUCUUGCAGAGGUAUAGGGGUUAAGAAGUCUGUCACUUAGCCAUGUGCAACAAAAUGAUGGAACUUCAUGUGCAGCAUAUUGGUAAAUCCCAAUAAAUGCUUUUAAAGCUCUAA